GUGCCAGCCCGCCCGCGCCUGCGCGGUGGCCCCAGGAGCCGGUGCCCUUAGGACGCCUUUUGCAGCUAGCUUGAUUUCGGCCGUGCUCACCGGGGUGGUAACGGCGUCCCGCGCGUACGCCUUGCUAGCUACGGCGCCAUGAGUCUGACUUCUCACUCCGUGCGAGUUGAAUGGAUUGCAGCAGUUACCAUUGCUGCUGGGACAGCUGCACUUGGUUAUCUAGCUUACAAAAGAUUUUAUGUUAAAGAUAAUCGAAAUAAAGCCAUGGUGAACCUUCACAUCCAGAAAGACAACCCCAAGAUAGUACAUGCUUUUGACAUGGAAGAUCUGGGAGAUAAAGCUGUGUACUGCCGUUGCUGGAGGUCCAAAAAGUUCCCAUUCUGUGAUGGGGCUCACACAAAACACAACGAAGAGACUGGUGACAACGUGGGACCUCUGAUCAUCAAGAAAAAAGAAACUUAAUGGACAGUCUUGAUUCGGCAAACCUGUGUGUCAUGAUGUUACCUGAUUGUUUAAUUAGAAUGAUUGCUGCUUCUGUCAAAUUCACCUCCCCUGGGUUCUAGAUGUGGUACAUUGCAAUCCUCAGCUUUCACAUUCAUGGUAUUUGCCUUACUUGUUGAAACAUUGUGGUGCACAUUUGUUUAAACCAAAAAAAAAAAAAAGAGAGAAAAGAAAAAGGAUAAACCAACCUCAUGGCCUGUGGGUUAUUUUGGUCUUGUAAGGAUCCAUUUCUUUAAAAUAAUGAUCUUAGUAUAUAGUUGUAUCUUGCAGUUAAUGAAUUAAAUUAUUCUCAAAAUCAUGUAUAUGCAGAUUGUACUUGUAAGUUUGAAAGAAAAAGUACCAUCUUUUCAUACUACGUAGUUAACCUAGAAAAUAAAUAGGGUGUGAUCAAGCUACACUAAUUUCUUAAUACAUUCUA